AUGCUUACAGAGUUGUACUUGGGAUACAUUAAUGGUUUUCGAGGAGGAAUUCCACCAGAAAUAGGAAAUCUUUCGAGACUAGAGAUAUUAAAUAUCGACAGUGCUUCUUUAACCGCAGAUAUUCCAUGUUCAAUCUUCAACAUUUCUUCCUUGACAGAAUUGAGCUUAUCUGACAAUAGCUUGUCAGGAAUUGAUUAUAACAAGUUGACAGGUGAUAUUCCACCAAAUAUAUGGAAAUGCAAACAUCUUCAGACGUUAGAUCUAGGAUCCAACAAUUUCAGUGGAAACAUCCCUAGUACAAUUGGAAAUAUGAGCACGCUUAGAGAGUUGUACUUGGGAUACAAUAAUUUGACAGGUGAAUUACCACAAGAGAUUGGCACUCUGCCAAAACUCGAGGUUAUCGACGUGUUCGGCAAUUACUUAUAUGGAGUCAUCCCAUCUUCCAUAUUCAACAUUUCCACAUUGAAGUGGUUAGAGAUGUCAUUCAAUGAGUUUUCUGGUACACUACCAUCAGAUUUGGGUAAUUCACUUGUCAAUCUUGAAAUUCUCUAUAUAGCCAGUAACAGACUAAGUGGCCCAAUUCCUAGCUCCAUCACCAAUGCUUCUAAACUCACAAAUUUGGACUUGGCUACCAACUCAUUUAGUGGCUCCAUACCCCACUUUGGUAAUUUGAAACUCCUACAAACACUUUACCUUUGGGAAAAUAAUUUGAGUGGAGCAGAAUUUCCAACCCAUGAAUUGACAUUUCUCUCUUCAUUAAGUAAUUGUCGACAUUUCACUGCUCAAUCUUUUUCCCACAACUUAGCUCUUUGCGGUCAAGUAGCCUUUCAAGUUCCACCAUGCCUAGAAAAUCACCAUAAAUCAUGGUUGAAGAAACUCAUUGUGCCUUCAUUGGUUAUAGUUGUCGUUGUGGUCAUUGUGAAACUCACUCUCGUAAGAAUGCGUAAACAGAAGAAAGUAGCACUCUCUACUGAUACUUCACCGCCAACUGCUGAAUACAGAAGAAUUUCUUAUAUAGAACUUGAACGAGGAACAAGUUCAUUUAGUGAAACCAACCUACUUGGAAGAGGUAGUUUUGGUUCUGUAUUCGAAGCAAUACUUUCCGAUGGGUUGAAAGUUGCGGUAAAAGUGUUCAACUUGGACCUACAAGGAGCAGCAAAGAGCUUUGAUGCUGAAACUACUAUAUUGAGCAACAUUCGACAUAGAAACUUGGUCCGAGUUAUUGGAUGUUGUUGUAACACGGAGUUUAAAGCAAUUAUUCUCACAUACAUGCCAAAUGGGAGCUUGGAUAAGUGGCUACACUCUGAUAUGUAUUGUUUGGAUCUUAUACAGAGACUAAAAAUAGCAAUAGAUGUUGCAUCAUCCUUGGAAUAUCUUCACCAUGGUCAUACCUUCCCAGUUGUUCAUUGUUAUAUAAAGCCAAGUAAUGUGUUGCUUGAUCAAGACAUGACUGCUCAUUUUGCCGAUUUUGGUAUUUCCAAGCUUUUUGACGGAGGAGAAACCGUCAUUCAAACACAAACGGUGGCAACCAUAGGUUACGCAGCACCAGAAUUUGGAAUGGAAGGCAAAGUGUCCAUAAAUGGAGAUGUAUAUAGUUUCGGGAUACUGCUAUUGGAGAUGUUCACAGGAAAGAAGCCAACAGAUGAUAUGUUCGGUGAAGAAAGGAGCUUAAAAGAAUGGGUAAGUGAAGCAUUGGAGCAAAAUGCAGCAACGGGGAUAGCGGCGCCUGCUUUGUUAUCAGGAGAAGAUCAACAUUACUAUGCAAAGGAGCAAUGUUUGUUGUCCAUAUUUGAAUUGGCAAUGAAAUGUUUAUUCACCUCAGCAGAUGAAAGAAUCAACAUGAUUGAAGCAGCUGCGGCUCUGCACAAGAUCUAUGCUACAAUUGUAGCCGCAACAGGAAGGCGCAGGCGCAGGCCAGGAUAUGCUUUUCAAGUAAGUGUUGGCAAUAAUGGGGUUUGAUUCUAUUAUAUACUUAUGCCUUCUUGAAUUUCUAUAUAUAGCCGAAUUAAGCAGUUGAUCAGUGAUACAUUUGGUUAGUAAUUUAG